AUGAGGAUGAUACCGUUCUGUCGUAACUUGCUGGAUAAGAUAGCGCCAUUGACUGUGCAUUCUUCUAGAACUAUAGCUCGUAUACCUCACUAUGAAUACCACAUCAGAUUUAGCCCGAAGGAAGGACGCAAAAGACCUGCUCAAGACGUCCUUGAUAGGUUCAAAAGACUAGGCAACGGUAUGUGGGUACGGGCCCAUCCUGGAAAGAACAAAUUACGAUAUGCCAAGGACAAGAAGUUUCAAGAAACAAGUUUGUACUAUGAAACUUGUACAAAGGUGGGUGUGCUGUUCGACGAUAUUUUUCUCAGCAUUCCAAAUUUGCAGAGGUUCAAAAGACUAGGCAACGGUAUGUGGGUACGGGCCCAUCCUGGAAAGAACAAAUUGAGAUAUGCCAAGGACAAGAAGUUUCAAGAGACCAGUUUGUACUAUGAAACUUGUACAAAGGUGGGUGUGCUGUUCGACGGGUAUGACUAUGGUUUUAAGGAAGAGUGCGAAAUGUUGGAUAAGAUGAUGACACCAUACUGGUUACGACGCCAUCAUUAUCCCAAUGAUCCGUACGCCGCUUAUCAUGUAAGACAUGGCAUUAGCUCACCAAGGGUUGACGACAAAGGAGUUUUACUGCGAGAGCGAAGAAAGGUGUGCAGUUUUCUUUGUAGUGGUUGUUUUUUCUUCAAUAAUUAGUC